UUUGUUGAGUUUCCACUUCUUUCGAGGGUUAUUUGAAAUGUUUAGUAGUUUACCACGAGGAUCGUUUCUGGACGAGCACAUUUGCAAGGACUAUGGCAAGGAGGUGUUGCUGUCCAAUUGGCAGGAGCGUCGCAAUGGCGAUCAGAAAUCUGAUUGCAUAACGCCGGCCAUCAAGCGAGUUGGUGGCUGCGCAAGCCAUUUGACGGAGAGCCAGGACACGUAUGUAGCACCAUGGAACAGUGACGAGACAAGCGAUGCCACACGAUAUUUUCGAGUCGCACGCAUCGAAUCGUUCAACAAUUUUAAGCGCAAUCACGAGACGCAAGUACACUUCCCGAUCACCGCCAGGAUGAACAACAACUUCACCACCACCUACACCAUUAUGUAUGAGAUUGUGCCGAAGGAGUUUCGGGGCCGGCAGCAUGAAUUGGAUUUGCUGCAGAGCUAUGGCAAUCGAAGUUCGACGUACAAACGCUGCAACAGACGGGCUGAUUUGCUUUUAGAAAAAGCGCAAAGAUUGCAAACAAAUUAUGCGGCGGAUUUUGUGGACCGUUCGACGAUUCAAAACUCAGCCGGCAAUUAACAAAAAAUCGUAGCAACACAUAAAUCAAAUUAAUGUAUAAUCUAUAUAUAUAUAUACAUAUAUAUCUGCAAGCUAGCCAUAGCGACUGAAUGUA